GUUACUGAUGCCUCGUAUGUUGUGAUUCAGCAAGAGACAACUGGCAAUACAUGAUCCUUGAUUAAUCAAGCUUUGAAUUUUGUCAUUAAAUGAAUCAAAUUUUAUCAAGGAUUGCAAAAUUUUAUGUUAACAAACAGUCAUUUUUAAGUCAACUUAAAGCAUACAAUGAAAAUCCAAAUAUAUUAGCUGCUGUUAUUUCAUGUGCUGAUUCACGUGUUUUAACAUCAAAAUUGUUGUGUUCAAAUGUCGGUGAAUUAUUUGUUGAAAGAAAUCCAGGAAAUUUUCUUUGUUGUGAUGAAUCUCCAAUAGAUCAUUUACAUGAAAAUUGUUCUACACCUGGAUUUCUAGAAUUGACAUUAUUACGAUGUGAAAUCAAAGAUAUCAUUAUAUGUGGACAUUCAGAUUGUCGAGCUAUAAAUUUAUUAAAUAAUUUAAGAAAAUCUAUACAUGAACAAGGUUAUCUUGCUCAUCAUCAUCAGCAGCAACAGCAUAAAUCUAUUGAUAAUCUUAGCGAAAAUAAUCCCAUCAAAUCAAAACCUUUAGAAAAAUGGAUUUGGAAAAAUGGAUGUAAAACUUUACAAAAUUUCGAUCCUAGCUCUGAAAUUCUCCGUUUCACAUCAUCAUCAUCAUUUCAUCCAAAUUGUCCAACAUUUGAACUUGAUUUAAAAUUAACUAAACAUUUAACAGAAAUUGAUUUAUUGUCUCAAGCAAAUGUUUUACAACAAAUGAUACAUGUUUAUUCAUAUGAAAUGUUAAAAAAUCAAUUUGCACAAAAUGCUAUACGCGUACAUGGAAUAUGGUUUGAAUUAUAUUCUGGUAAUGUAUUAUUAUAUAGUCGAUUGAAUAAAGCAUUUGUACCUGUCAAUGAAAAGACAAUCAAUUCACUAUUGAAUGAAUUGUAGCCUGUGAUAGAUUAACUUCGUUUAACUUUUUUUUAGUUUGUUUAUCUAGUAAGAGAUUUCACACUUGAAUAUUAUUUAUAUGUAGAUUAAAAGAUUGGAGGACUUUUCAUUUCAUUAUUAUUUAUGUCAAUA